UUUUUUUCCCCUUUCCCCUUUCUUAUUUUUUUGCUAUUAUUUUUACACCUGUGUGAGUGUGUGGCUUCUCUUCCACAAAAUCCUCACGCCUCUUCCCUUUUCUCUUCCCCUUCCGCCCGCCCUAAAUUGCGUUUUAGGGUUUUAAAGAACGAACAAUCCCUAAUUUUCUCAUUCCCAGCACUCUUGUUCAAGCUCGUUCGUUUCAAGUUUAGUGUUUCUUUCUUGAAUUUGCAGUUUUUUUUGGUGGCUAGCAAGCUUUUUCUUUACCUGGGCGCCGCAUGAUCUUUCAAUGCCUGGAACAAUUAAUAUCAAAUCCUGUGUUGUAAACCCUGCGGAGUUGAGGAGCGCUUGCUUUUUUUACAAAGAAGUGGGCGAUUUAGGUGUUUUUAAUCGCCGUUGGCUUUGAAUUUGGUGUUGUUGUUGUUUUUUUUUUUUUAGGUUCGGUGAAGCCGGAGCGCAUGCCUGUUCUUUAAUUGGCUGCUCUGCUGGUUUUUCUUUUAGUGGGUUCUGUUUAUGGCGCCGAGUCGGAGAAAAGGUGCCAGUAAGGCCGCUGCGGCUGCCGCCGCGCGCCGACAAUGGAAGAUUGGUGAUCUUGUUCUUGCUAAAGUUAAAGGGUUUCCGGCCUGGCCAGCUACGGUGAGUGAGCCAGAGAAGUGGGGUUACUCUGCAGAUUGGAAGAAAGUACUGGUGCACUUUUUUGGAACUCAGCAGAUAGCUUUUUGUAAUCCUGCUGAUGUGGAACCCUUCACAGAAGAGAAGAAGCAAUCUCUUCUUGGUAAACGUCAUGGGAAAGGUGCUGACUUUGUUCGUGCUGUGCGUGAGAUUAUUGCAAGCUAUGAUAACAUGAAAAAGCAGGACCAAUCGAAUGAUGCCAACACCACAGAUGGGCAUACACUGGUCACUGAAAAUAAUUCAACGGAGUUAUCAGCCAAACCUUUUGGCGAAGGUGAUGCUCCCGAGGGACAGACUCAUUGUGCUGAUGUGGAAGAUCACAUGAACGAUAAAUCUGGAACUUCUGCCACGGUGCAUGGAAAAGAUGGUCUUAAAGACCAAUUUAGGCCGGAUAAUGAGGAUAAAUCUAGUUUGAUUGGGACGGAAAUGACUUCAGAAAAUGUGGAUUCUUCGAGAGAGAAUUCCGAGAGAACAGAGACACUGAAAUGUUUCACCCGUAGGCGGCCUCCCUCUGCUAGGCGGGCUAGAAGUGCAUCAAGGACAGAUACAAAUAAACUUCAAACUAGGUCAACUCGAUCUGGGACAGUUGCGCCAAGUAUUCUGCGCGAUGGACCGGGUAGGAGAAACAAAAGGAUCAGAAAAUCACCUGAUGAUCUGUAUGGGCAUGACAGGGAUGCACCCGACUUGGUAUCAAAUGUUAGUAAUGAGGGGAAUGACUCUGGGAUUUUGACGGCAGGCUCUGAUUCACCUAGCUUGAAUGAAGGAAGCACCGUGGACUCUGACUGUAAAACUGUGACUGCUGACUCCAGUAAUGAGCAUAGUCAAAAGAAUGUUGAGCUGAGCCGUAGAUUGGAUUUUCAAACAAAUGGCAUUUCUAAAAGGAAAAGGAAGCCUAACAGAAAAAGGCCUAGCUGUGAUAUUUCUGCUAAACCAGAUGAAAAAACAGCUUCUGAUGCUGAUGCCAUCAAGAGGGACCAAAUCUCACCUGGUGAUCAGGAAAUAUCAACGGAUAAAUUGCCGAAGGAAGAUGGUGAUGAGCAUUUGCCGUUGGUGAAAAGAGCCAGAGUUAGGUUGGGUAGGAUAUUAUCAACUUGUGAACAACUUCAAGCUUCAUUAGACACAGAGGAGAAGCCUCUGGAAGUUUGUUUUAGUGUUUCAGAUCAGUUCCAUGUACCUUCUGAUCGAGAGGGAGAUGAUUCUACAGAUAGGAAGCCGGUUUCUGUGAAAGAAGACUUGGAGAAAUUAUUGCAAUCUGACAAACUUCACACUGCCAAACCUCAGGCAUGGGAAGUCAAAAAGUAUCAGCACUUGGGUAGUUCAGUAGAGGGUGAAGCUGCUUUACCCCCAUCUAAGCGUCUACAUCGAGCUCUGGAGGCCAUGUCAGCAAAUGCGGCUGAAGAACGUCAAACGACUUCAGAUGUACCAUCAACACCAAAGGUUGAUACUACUAGUAAAUCUGGUUCUCCCUCCUCUAAUGACUGCUUGAAGUCAUCUUUGGAUAGAGAGAAAGGUGAUGAACGUAAAGCUGGUAUGCGGGAGGAAAAUAAUUGUAAUAAUAAUAAACCUCCGGAUGGAGCUUCUGAGUGUCUUGUGAAGCUAGAUCUAUCAAUCACAGAAGAAAGGACAUCUUCUGUUGAGCUAGCAACUUGCUCUAGUGAUGGAAUUGGGCGGCAAAAGUCGUGUGAAGAUAAUGUGGGCUCUCUUGAUAAUAAAUGUGUGUCGAAGUCUCCAUCUCAUGAUGACAUUGCCAAUGUUGUGGUUCUACAAUCCUCUGAAUCCCUGUCACCUAAGGGGGCACAUCUCAGUGGUUCGUGUUCUCCUGAUCUUGCCUUGCCGUUGCCAGGUGAUUGCAAAACUGUAAGUCCCACAUUGCUGAAGGCUUCUGAAAAUGUAGACCAUAAAACAAAUCAGUUAGAAGGGGACAAUCUCACCAUGCAGUCACCGCAUUCUAGCGCAGAUAUGGAAAUUGAUAGUGCCACUGAGGAAUGUGAUAGGGUUGUUGAUUCGUGUCAGCUUGUACCUGAUGAGAACAAGCCAACCGAUGAAAUGUCUAAAGAUGUGGGAGAAGUUGGACUUGCAAUGGAUGACUCUAGUGCUUCCUUAUGUCCCGUUUCUGCUGAAGUUAUGAGCAACGUAACCGAGGAUCAAGAUCAAUCCCAUUCCAAUUCUGCUGCCAAUGAUCAUGUAGAAGAUAAAACAACUCCUGAAACAAAAUCAUCACUAUCUCCGACCUAUAACUCAGAAACCAUUACCUGUGCAAAGCAACAGACUUCAUCCUUAAAUAUGUCAACUUCUGCCAGUAGUUCAAAUACUUCCCGUAGCCCAAUUGCCCAUUCCCAUCGUGAUGUCCAGAGAGCAGCCGGGAAAUGGAAUUAUAAAGAAGCACAUGAUGCUUUAAUGUCUUUUGAGGGCUUUCUGGGAACACUUACGAGGACAAAAGAAAGCAUUGGUCGUGCAACGCGUAGUGCUAUGGAAUGCGCAAAAUGUGGAGUUGCUGCUAAGGUGGUGGAAAUGCUUACACACAGUUUAGAACGGGAGCCAAGCUUACACAGAAGAGUGGACUUGUUUUUCCUAGUUGACUCUAUUGCACAGUACUCGAAAUCCUUAAAAGGUGAUGCUGGAGGUGUAUAUCCUUCUGCAAUUCUAGCAGUAUUGCCACGAUUGUUGUCAGCAGCUGCCCCUCCUGGAAGUAAUUCUCAGGAAAAUCGGAGGCAAUGCUUGAAAGUUUUGAGGGUUUGGCAGGAAAGGAGGAUUCUUCCAGAAUCCAUUGUACGGCAACAUAUACGGGAACUUGACUUGCUUUGUGGUUCAUCUUGUUCUCGAACUCGUCGUCUAAGAAAUGAAAGGGCAUUUGAUGAUCCAAUCAGAGAGAUGGAGGGUAUGCUUGUUGAUGAAUAUGGAAGCAACUCAAGCAUUCAACUUCCAGGGUUCUGCAUGCCACCUAUGUUGAGAGAUGAAGAUGAUGGAGUUGAUUCUGAUGGAGAGGGUUUUGAGGCUGUUACGCCUGAGCAUGACAACGAGAAAACUGAAGCAGAAAGGAACCCUAUAUCUGCAGUUGAGAAACAUCGGCAUAUCUUAGAGGACGUUGAUGGUGAGCUUGAAAUGGAGGAUGUAGCUCCGCAAUCUUCUGAGGCUGUUAUUUCCUCGAGUGAUAAUGCGGCAACAAUCAGUGUGCCGACCAUGUAUCAUUCAGUUGGAAAUGCUGUCACUCUUCCCUUUGCCCCUCCUUUGCCAAUGGAUAUUCCUCCGGUUUCUCCUCCUUUGCCCAAGUCUCCUCCUCCACCCCCUCCCCCGCCACCACUCCUGGCACCAGAGGCAUCUUUUCCUCCCCCUGAAAUGCCUGAUAGCCUUUCAAGUACUGUCAGGCCGGCCUAUGUGUAUUCUCAGAAUAUUGAAGAAGACUUCCGGGAAUCCUCUUCACAGCAAUCUCAUGCUCCAGGAGUCAACCCUAAAAUCAGCGACGGUCUUCAAUCUUCUAGAGCUGGUCCUCUUGAAUUUCAAUCCCAGGUGCCUAAUCAUUUAGCCAACCCGACCCACUGUUCUUUUAAUAAUCGGCCCAUCUCCAGCCCUCCAGUUCGGGCUGUGAACAACAUUCCACCGUCAGAUGGUGCAUACAAUAAAGGUUUCCGUUUACGUCCACCUCAUCCUGCUCCAUCUAAUCAGUUUUCUUACGUACAAUCUGAUCACCGCGUUCAAUCAAGAAGAGAUGUACCACCUCCAUCCCAUUCUACCAGAUACCAUGUUCCAAACACUGAAAAUGGUAACUUCUACCGGGACGCUGAUAGGAUGAAAUUGGCUCCACGUGAUACUGGAGAACACUGGAGGGCUCCUGCUUUUCCUGGGCCACGGUAUCCUGAUGGUUCAAGAAUGCCUUAUACACCGGCUCCAUAUGGUGCUCAUCCCGGUGAACCGUCAGUACAUGGCAAUCGUUGGGGUUUUCCUCCUGGAGCCACGAAUCACAGGAUGAUAAUGCCUCAUAGACCUCCAACUGGAGGUCCAAUACCUGUGGCAGCCAGAGGUCCCAAUUGUUGGAGACCAAGAUGAGCUUCCACUUGCUUGAAGCAAAUGGUGUUUUCUAUCUGCGGCUUUGUUUAAAUACGAAGGAGACAAGUUUUGGGCUGGUUUCUUUUUUUGUGUGUAUCAGCUUCGGAAGAGGUGUUGUGCCAAUAAAGGGGAAGUGACGCCAUAGCCGGUAUACCAUUCUGUAAAUAAUAAUUGAUGAACACCUCCACAUGCAUGUUGUGGACGUUACCGAGCUAGCUAGAGAGCAGCGGCGUUGUCGUCUUCCCUUGAAGGCUGCAACUUUUGUGUAAUCUUACGAUAGAAUUUUCUUUUCUUUUAAUGAGGGACCAAGUAGCAACUUAUGUUUAGCAUUAGUGUUAAUUGUAAUAGAGUAGUUAGCAUAGGACAUAGGUCGGCCUUUUCUCAGGACAUGAUCUUGUAAUAGUGCUUGUUUUCUGUACAAAUCUGGAAAUGAUGUGUCUGUGUACAUACAUACUCAAAUUUGCCCAGCUGAGUCAGAAUGAUAGCUGCUGGAGACUCUGGGCUAAGACGUUUUUUUUUUUUUUUUUUUAAACCACUUGUCGCCCCUUUUAGUGCGAAAUAAUAAAAAAUGUAUCAUCAAUGUUUUUCGAUUCUCG